CCCCAUGACGGUUCCAAGCCUAGCCUCAAACUAUGCGUUUAGCGUGUUCGGCUUCAUUGGAUUUUUCCUAAUCAGUAUCUUGUUGCCAAUGCAUCUACGAGCGAGGAAUGCUGGGACGUGCAUGUACAUAGUGUGGACCAGCAUAGUUUGUCUUACCACGGCCGUGAACUCAGUUAUAUGGAAUCGUAACUAUGUAAACUGGUCACCAGUUUGGUGUAAUAUAGCAUCCCGUGUCAUUAUUACUGCAGGCUGGGGAAAUGAAGUGGCUUUACUAUGCAUUGUCCGCCGUUUGUAUCGCAUUAUUACAAUGAAGGCUGUGAAUCAGAGUGUCCGUGAGGUGCGACGUGACCUGAUCGUGGAUCUAUGUAUUGGCAUUGGCAUUCCCGUACUGAUUUUAUCAUUACAGUACAUCGUUGAAUUCCACGAUUUUGAGAUUUAUGAAGACGUAGGAUGCUAUCCAGCUGUACUGGCGACAGCACCAGCUAUCCCAAUCUUCCUCAUAUGGCCUGCCGUCUUUGGCCUAGUGACUGCUAUCUAUGCUGGACUUACCAUAUACGCUACGAUCAAACGGAAAGCGUAUAAAAGAGAUAUAAUGGAAAGCAAUCAAGCUUUGCAAUUCGGCCACUACUGGCGCCUUCUAACCCUUACUGGUAUUGGCGUCAUAUGUACCCUCCCAUAUGGAAUGCUGAAUCUUGUUGAAAAUAUCGUCGCUGCACCUGUUCAGCCAUAUAGCUGGGAUCUUCUCCAUAGUACCUUUUCUGAGGCAGGAGAGACUCCUGCAUACUAUUGGGCAAGCGACGCCGUGAGCGAGUAUAGCCUUGAGAUUACCCGUUGGUCCCCCGUGUUCAAUGCUUUUAUGUUCUUUGCGUUCUUUGCGUUUACGAAGGAAGCUAGACAAGACUAUCGUCGUGUUUGGCUUUUCAUCAUACAACCUUUAAGCAUGUGUUCGCCAGAUACAGAUGUUUUGACCACCAGGUUUGUGGCACGCUGCAAUAUCUUGUACUCAGAACAGAUCUGA